AUGAAUGAUAACGACUGGGAAGCUGGAUUAACAAAGGCGGAAGCUGGAAGGUACAGUCGCCAAAUUUUGGUUAAUGAUUUCGGUGUUUCCGGUCAAAAAAAAGUAUUGGGUGGUAAAGUGUUAAUCGUCGGCGCUGGUGGAUUAGGAUGUCCCGUGGGAAUAUAUCUUGCCGGUGCUGGAAUUGGAACUAUUGGUAUUGUGGACUACGAUACCGUAUCCUUGGACAACUUACACCGACAAAUUGCUCACGGGGAAAAUCGAGUAGGAGAACUAAAAGUUGAAUCGUUGAAAACAACUAUUCUAAACCUCAAUAGCUCUAUAAACGUCAACGCCCACAAUACUACUCUAGAUAGUAAAACAGCAAUGGAUAUUAUUCGAGAAUACGAUGUAAUUUGUGAUUGUUCAGAUAAUGCAGCAACAAGGUACCUCGUAAACGAUGUGUGUGUAAUUUUAAACAAACCGCUUGUAAGCGGAAGUGCUCUUCGCUGGGACGGCCAGCUGUCUGUCUAUCAUUAUGGAGAAGACUGCCCAUGUUACCGUUGUCUAUAUCCUUCACCUCCCGAUCCAAAAAUGGUCACAAACUGCAACGAAGGAGGAGUUCUUGGGCCUAUCGUCGGAGUUAUUGGAAGCAUGCAAGCUCUGGAAGUUCUUAAAAUUCUUUCAAAUUCGUCAAGCUCAUUCUCUGGUAAACUGCUUCUUUUUAAUGGACGAACUGGUCAAUCAAGGAUAAUUGCGCUUAGAAAACGAGACAGGAACUGCGCAGUUUGUGGAGAUUCUCCUACUAUUUCCAAUCCCAUUGAUUAUGUCCUGUUUUGUGGAGCUGGAGCACAUGAUAAAACGGAAAGCAUAAGGCUACUCGAUGAUUCCGAACGAGUUUCAGUAGAAGACUACAAAAUUCAAAGACGAAAAGAGAAGCCGUAUCUUUUAGACACGAGACCUCCUGUAGAAUUUGAAAUUGCUCAUUUACCAGAAGCUAAAAAUAUUACUCUCAACGAUGUGAAGAAACUCAAUCCAGAAGAAAUUGUGAAAAAAUUGAAUUUGCCAGAUUCGCAAGAUUUAUUUGUGAUUUGUCACCGCGGAAACGAUUCUCAAAGGGCCGUUGAGAUUUUGCGCGACAAACUUAAAACACAUAAGGUGCGAGAUAUAAUCGGCGGAUAUGAAGAAUGGGCCCAAAAAGUGAAUCCCGACUUUCCAGUUUAUUAA